AUGGGCUGCAGCAAUUCAACUCCAAUAGAAACCCAGAAAGAGAAAACAACCGUUUUUCUCUCCAAGGAAAAAAUCUUCAGGAUCCCUGCUCUCAUAUUUGUUGGGAAUGAAACUCUGUUGGCCUUUGCAGAGAAACGAAAAUCUAAAGACGAUUCCAGCAGCGAGUCUCUUGUCAUGAAGACAGGAAAACUGACCAAAGCUGGCAACUCUGUGGAAGUUGAGUGGUCAGAUUCUAAAGAAGUCGUGAAGAAGGAAGAUCUCGGUGGACACCGCCCUAUGAACCCGUGCCCGAUCUACGCAAAGGAAAGAAACACAAUUUACCUGUUUUUCAUCGGGGUUAAAGGAACCACUUCAGAAAGACAUCAGAUAUUUUGGGGCAUCAACGAGACCCGUCUGUACUACAUCACCACCAAGGAUGGCGGCGAAUCCUGGAGCCACCCCAUUGAUCUGACUGAGACACUUCCUGAAAUAAAGAAUUGGGCAACAUUUGCUGUCGGACCGGGUCAUGGUAUUCAGACCAAGACUGGCAAACUGAUCGUUCCUGCUUAUGCUUACCCUUCUUGUUCUAGCAGUUGUACAAGCUGCCGUAGUUGCCUGGCUAAUUUGUUUUGUUGCUGUGAUUCCUUGUGUUGUACAAAGUGCUGUCCUCCUCCCCAUGCGCUCAUUAUUUAUAGUGACAAUGAGGAGAAAUUCAAAUGUGGAAACAUGCUAGAAAAAACAUCACUAGAAUGUGAAAUAGCUAAGACGAAUGACCAAGGCGAGAUGUUGUACUGCAACGCUCGAAGUCAGGGAAACAUUCGGGUGGAAGCGUUCCUGGAUGAUAGUGGGAAGGUUAUCAGAGAAGUUAAGUCUAAGCUUGUGGAAACAAAGUCAGGCUGUCAGGGCAGUGUGGUCUCCUUCCCAGCUCAACCUGAGGAAGAUGGCUCAAAUCAGGGAACUCUGUGGCUGCUUUACUCCCAUCCGACAUGUAGAUGCGAAAGAGAGGACUUAGGGGUGUAUCUAAACAAAUCCCCAACAGAUCCAAGUGCAUGGAGCCAACCCCGGGUCAUUAACCAGGGACCCAGUGGUUAUUCUGACCUGGCUUACAUACAGAAUGGCUGGUUUGCAUGUCUGAUGGAGCGUGGGGAGAAAACUUAUAUUGAAGAGAUAGCAUGUUUACUAUUCAGCUGUGAUGACCUCUAG